AUGGCUCAAUCCCAAGACUUCUUGUUACUGGACGCGAGUAUCUCCGAGCUCCAAUCCGCACUUUCUUCAGGGUUGCUCUCUAGCGUGGGCUUGGUAUCACGAUACCUACGACGAAUCAGCAUAUACGACGCAAACACUCUAAAGCUCACCGCCAUCCCAGUCCUAAACCCAACUGCCUUCGACGAAGCAGCCGCCUCCGAUGCCCGGCGCGCAGCCGGUCUACCGCCGCGUCCAUUGGAGGGGAUCCCCUACCUCGCAAAAGAUAGUAUUAAAGUCAAGGGCAUGACCGUUGCGAGCGGAUCGCCGGCAUUUGAAACCCUCAUUGCCAACGAGGAUGCUGUCUGUAUCCAACUUCUCCGCAAGGCCGGCGCCGUGUUUCUCGGCCGGACAAACAUGCCCGCCAUGGCGUACGGUGGUAUGCAACGUGGGUGUUAUGGGCGCUCUGAAAGUCCCUAUAAUACUGCAUACCUUGCUGCAGCAUAUGCUUCUGGUUCAUCAAAUGGAUCGGCCGUCGCAACGGCAGCCAACUUUUGUGCUUUUUCUCUAGGCAGCGAGACUGUUUCUUCGGGUCGCUCGCCGGCAUCAAAUAAUGCCGUUGUUGCAUACACACCUUCGAAAGGCCUUCUUCCUCUUCGUGGUGUCUGGCCACUCUAUUUAACAUGUGAUGUCCUGGUGCCUCAUACCCGGACUAUGGCAGAUAUGUUCCAUGUCCUGGAUGUUCUGGCAGUGUCUGAUGAAGCCCCGAUAGGAGAUUUCUACCAGGAACAAAAGAUUAUCUCCCUCCCGUCAAUCAAUACACUUCGACCGCAGUCCUUUUCAGAAUUACAAGAUGAUACCUCCUUGCGCGGGAAGCGUAUUGGUAUACCGUCAAUGUAUAUCGGAGGCGAUGACCUUUCUCUAUCACCAGCCAGCAAAGUCAAUACCCGACCCUCCAUAAUCAAGCUAUGGCAGAAUGCUCGAAAAGUCCUCGAGUCCUGUGGUGCGGAGGUAAUAGAAACGGACUUCCCACUCGUGACAACCUACGAAUCAAACGCAGACAAGGGCCAGCUCGUCACCGUCGCAGGACUACCGGAAGGCUGGUCCGCGAUGGAGCGGGGCGAUCUCGUCGCUCAUAUCUGGGAUGACUUCCUGAUUAACAACGGACAAAAGGGUCUCGAAACUCUUUCUCAGGUCGAUCCGACAACUAUCUUCCCGCUUGCGCCGGGGUCUUUGAAGGGUACGCCUGAUGCGGCUAAUGCGCUGCGAUGGGAUGAGAUGGUUAAAUACCCGCACCGGAGGCCGGCAUCUAUUUUGAAGAUCCCCGGUAUUCAGCAAGCAAUCCAGGCUCUUGAAAAUGCGCGCAAGGAGACUCUUGAGGACUGGAUGGAUGGGCUUGGACUUGAUGCUGUGGUUUUCCCGGCUAAUGGUGAUGUCGGGGCUGCUGAUGCGGACUGCGAUGAGAUGGCUUCGCGGUUUGCGUGGAGUAAUGGUGUCAAGUACUCUAAUGGUAACAGACCUAUUCGUCAUCUUGGUGUGCCCACUAUCUCCGUCCCUAUGGGUAUCAUGGAAGAUACGGCAAUGCCGGUGAAUCUUACCUUCGCCGGGAAGGCAUAUGAUGAUAACAGUUUACUUAAGUAUGGCUUUGCUUUUGAGAUGGCAAUGAAGGGCCGUUCACAGCCACCGCUCGUGCCUGCUCUUGACUCUGAUUGCAUCAAAGGUGGUCAAGAUCUUCGGCCAUGGGCUUCUCGAUCCAUUGUUGAGCUGGUGGUGGAAACUCAAGUGAAGGAGAUUCACGAUUCCAUGGUUGUGGUUCAGAUUCAGGGGUCAGUGGUACUCAAGGACUCUGAGCUGGGGACUUUGGAAUGCCAUAUCAACGGUCAACUCUUCAAGCCGGUCAUCGAGGGCGAUAGAUGGUUUAUCCAGGCUUCCUAUCCCGCAUCGGAACGUGACCAACCCUGGAAGAGGUGGUCGAGUCCUGCUCUAACACAGACUAUCGUAGUUAUCACAGCUUCCACAAAGGCGGGCUCAACGAUGGGUAAGUUAAUAUUACUAUAA